AUGGGAGCAGCGGCAUCGGUCGAGCGCGCCCUCGCGGCCGCGCCGGACCAGCUCUCGCGCGCGGCCUGCGACGAGCUGGCCGCGCGCCACGGCGUCGCCGUCAAGGACUCGCUCUUCGACGUCCUGGGGGCGGGGAAUGGGACGGUGGCCAAGGCCGCGGUCGUGCGCUUCUGCCAGCUCGACGCGCUCGCGCACGGCACCUGCGGCGCCGCCGCGGCGCCGCCGAAGACGCCCAAGGCCGCGCGCAAGACGGCCCGCGAGGUCGUGCGCCGCACGCUCCUCGCCAAGGGCGCGAGCCGCUUGUCGAAGGGCAGCGACAAGGGCUCGAGCCGACUAUCAGACGGCUCGAUUGACACGCUCCUCGCCAAGGGCUCCAGUAGAUUAUCAAACGGCACGAUGGACAAGGCGUCGCUCGACGCCGUGGGCGAGGGCCGCGCGCGCCGCGGCACGCUGCCCAAGGAGAAGGACGCGCCAGCGGAUUUGCCCGACGGUGCGACGGUGGCGCCGCCGCAACGGCGCCGGACGCCGUCCAUGUACCUCGGCGGCGCCCCGCGGGAGUCGGAGUCGGAGAAGAGAUUGAGGGAAUCCAUAAGGGCGCUCGGCGCCGAGACGCGCAUCCGCAUGGAGCUCGACCGGGCCACGGCCAAGGAACGGCGGCAGAAACGAUUAGAAGCUUUAAGGGUUCAGGCCGAGCAGGCCCUCGCGUCGCUCGAGGAGCUGCCCGAAGUUGAAAAGCGCCGCGUGCGCAACCAGGGCAUCCUCGCCUUGUAUACGCCCGAGAAUUUGGUCAAAAGGGAGAAGAUCCGCGAGGACCCGCGCGUCGAGAAUAUCCUGGGGAAGUGGUGGGCCGCGUCGUUACGCUAUGACGACAAAGACCGCGACGAGGGUUUGAAUCGGAGCGAGUACGCGGCCUGGCACUCUCGUUUGUUAGCGUUGUAUGCUGCUUUAGGAUUAGACGAUGAUCCGCUCACGGACGCCGAGAAGAACCGUAUUCUCGAGGAGGAUUUUGCUUUAGAUAGUGGCGGCGCGAAAGUCGUGGAUGAAGAGAAGUUCCUGCACGCCGUCUUCCAGGUGGCGGACCAGUGGGUCGAAAACAUCGACGCGGCGCAGUACGCCGAGUUUCUGGAGCGGGCCUACGAUGUUGUUUAUAGAGAGCUCGUCGACGCGGACGCGAUCAAGCCGCCCGACAGUUGGCUUACACACUUAAAAGGCAAGGCCAACAAACCGUGGGACCUGAACCGGACCUGCGAGUUCGCGGCCGAGAUGUACCGCCUGAAGCUGGAAGGUAGGGGCAAGCCCAAGGUCUGGGGCCAGACGCUCGGGCGCUUCGUGCUCUCGCACAUCAAGGAGCGGUUCGGCCCGGGCAACUACCGCAAGCAACUCAGCGGCUUCGUGCAGCGUAUUCUACAAGUCGUCGAGGCGCCGCCCGAGGACCCGGCCAUCUUCGCCUGGUUGUUGUUGUUUGCGCAAUUGGCUGGAUUUCAUUCCCGAAGCUCGCGCUUGCCCGCCUUACCACCAGCCGCGGAGCAGUACGUCUUAGAUACCUUAGCGGCGUCCGCCGAACUCAUCUCGGAAGACGACGCGACCUACUCCCUCACGGCGUGCAUGGAGAGGCCCGGCAACAAAGCCUUGGUCGGCCACAUCCGCGCGGACGCCGCGAAGAAGCUGUUGCUGUCGUUGCUGAAGAAGGCGCCCUUCGAAGACGAACCGCCCGAGUUCGCCAAGGCCAUGGAGUCCGCCUUCCGGUCCAUCGUCUCUAGCAAAUCCGUGGGGCAAGCCGAGCUUUUGACGCUCGUCGCGGCGGGCUACGUGGCAGCGUCGUGCCCGGGCGUGCUCCGCGCGGACUAA